GGUUUCUGGUAGUUAGUCUGGUUCGACUGGUCCUAGAAUAUUUGGUGACGUUUCAUCGUCAUCAUCGUCUGCUUCCUUUUGUCAGUGCAAUCACCCCCCACCCCCCAUCAUUCGGUGUUUGAGUCUUCUAGUUUACACUUGUGCAAAUGCAAAUUGAAGUAACUCUGAAUUUAGCAUGGCAACUAAAGGUUCUAUAAAGGCAGAAGGACCACCUUCUGCACCCAAAAAUGUGCUUGUCUUGCCAAAAGAAAUGAUGGACAAACAGAAAGUAUGGGUCCCUGAUGUUCACAAAGGUUUCAUUCUGGGUAAUAUAGUGGAUUUAGGAGCUGAGACAAUAACUGUUCUACCAAGCGAGCAAGGACUGAAAGAAAUCAGGUGUCCAUAUGAUCGAGUCUAUCAUGCUGAAGAAGAUGACAACAAAGAUGUUGAUGACACUUGUUCUUUGAUGUUCUUGAAUGAAGCAACUUUUCUAAACAAUGUAGCACUCCGCUACAAAAGAGACCAAAUUUACACUUAUGUUGCAAACAUUCUAAUUGCAGUAAAUCCUUACUUUGAAAUCAAGGGACUCUACAGCAAAGAAGCUAUCAAGAAAUACCAAGGGAAAUCAUUGGGAACACUUCCUCCUCAUGUCUUUGCCAUUGUUGACAAGGCAUUUAGGGACAUGCGAGUAUUAAAGCAGUCCCAGUCUAUUGUAGUGUCGGGAGAAUCUGGAGCGGGAAAAACUGAAUCGACCAAGUACAUUCUCAGAUACCUCUGUGAAUCGGGAGGACUGGCAGCAGGCCCAAUCGAACAAAAGAUCCUAGAUGCUAACCCACUGUUGGAAGCUUUUGGAAAUGCAAAAACCACGCGAAAUAACAACAGCAGUCGUUUCGGAAAAUUUAUUGAAAUUCAUUUCACAUCCAAAUAUACCAUCGCCGGUGGUUUCAUUUCCCAUUAUUUACUCGAAAAGUCGCGUAUUGUUACGCAAAGUAAGGAAGAGCGCAACUACCACUUCUUUUACCAACUGUGUGCUGGUGCAAAUGAAAAACUGAAGCAACAGCUCCAACUGCAAAGCCCCGAUCACUUUCAUUAUCUUUCUCAAGGUUGCACCCAGUACUUCCUUUCCAAAGGAUCUGAGGUGUCAUUAGAUCCAAAUAGAAAGAGUAAAGAACAUCGUAGCCGAGGAUCCUUGAACGAUCCGUUGCUGGACGACGCCAAUGACUUUAAGCAAACGGAUAAAGCUUUGAGUAAUCUGGGGUUGUCCGACGACGAAAAGCUUGCAAUUUAUUCUGCUGUAGCAGCAAUCUUACAUCUGGGAAACAUAGUAUUCGAAGAUAACGCUGAAGAUGCUCGUGGCGGCUGUCAAAUAGCCAAAUCUAGUCAUCAGGCACUAAGAAACGCAUCAGCUUUGAUUGGCGUGGAUCCAGAAGAACUUCACCAUGCGUUACUCUCUCGAGUUAUGCAACCAAGCAAAGGAGGUAUUAAGGGUACUGUCAUUAUGGUCCCACUUAAGGUAUUCGAAGCCAACAAUGCUCGUGAUGCGCUAGCAAAAGCAAUUUACAGCCGUCUUUUUGACUAUAUCGUCCAACGGAUCAACCAAAGCAUUCCAUUCCAAUCAUCCGUGCAUUAUGUCGGCGUAUUAGAUAUAGCGGGCUUCGAGUAUUUCACCAUUAAUAGUUUCGAGCAAUUUUGCAUCAACUAUUGCAAUGAAAAACUUCAGCAGUUUUUCAACGAACGCAUACUAAAGGAGGAACAGUGCUUGUAUGAGAAGGAGGGUCUAGGCUUGAAAAAAAUUGCGUAUGUAGAUAAUCAAGACUGCAUCGAUCUGAUUGAGGCUCGUACCAGUGGAAUUUUUUGUAUCCUGGAUGAAGAAUCAAAACUACCGAAAUCGAAUCACACACACUUUACUUCCACCGUUCAUUCGGCCAAUCCUAAUCAUUUCCGUUUGGCUCUGCCACGAAAAUCGAAAUUGCGUGAUCACCGGGAAAUACGCGAUGAUGAAGGGUUUUUAAUCCGCCACUUUGCUGGCGCUGUUUGCUACCAAACUGCCAAAUUCAUUGAAAAAAACAAUGACGCCCUUCAUGCUUCCCUAGAAUGUAUCAUCCAAGACAGCCACAACCCAUUCCUUAAAGGUUUGUUCGAGUCCUCUACAAGUAGCAGCUCACAGCAAUGGAAAGGGAAAUUGUCUUUCAUUAGUGUUGGCUCCAAGUUCCGAAUGCAACUCACCGAGUUGAUGGAAAAACUACGCAGCACCGGAACCAAUUUCAUUCGUUGCGUUAAGCCCAAUCUCAAGAUGGUUGAUCACCUUUUUGAAGGAGGCCAGAUCCUCUCGCAGCUCCAAUGUUCUGGAAUGACGUCUGUUUUAGAACUUAUGCAAGAGGGUUACCCAUCGCGAGCGCCUUUCUCCGACUUAUACAAUAUAUACAAAUCUAUAUUGCCACCGCAGCUGGCUCGCCUUGAUCCACGUCUCUUCUGCAGGUCUCUUUUCCAAGCGUUAAACCUUAACGACCAAGAUUUUAAAUUUGGCUUGACAAAGGUCUUUUUCCGUCCGGGAAAAUUCGCCGAAUUCGAUACACUCAUGCGCUCCGAUUCAGACCAUUUGCGCAAACUGGUCAAUCUUGUUAGACAAUGGUUACUGAAAUCACGCUGGAAGAAAGCUCAGUGGUGUGCUCUCAGCGUCAUCAAGCUGAAGAAUAAAAUCUUGUACCGAGCCCAGCAAUUAAUAAUUAUACAAAAAACCGUCCGAAUGCAUUUGGCUCGUAAGAGAUACCGACCUCGAAUCAUGGCGCUGCGUCAAGUACGGGGCCUUCAGCAAUCCGUCCAACAAUCCGAAAGGAUUGUUCAUCAGUUGAAGGAUAAACAAAUUUCAGUGCAGCAAAUGCAAAAGUUGCAAGCCGAUCUGGAAAACGCUGCCCAGUUGUUUAAAAUGAACGAACGCAUUAACGAAAAGGAAAUAAAGAUGAUCCUUGCCAAACUCGAGCAACAGGCUGACGAACAUAUGAAAACCCUUACAGCUAAAGUGGAACAACAAAAAUCGGCGGAAGAGCAAGAGAAAUUAAGGAAAAUUCAAGAAGAGAUGGCUCGUGAACGUCGACGAAAAGAGGAAGAGGAGCAAAAGCGACUGGAAGAAGAAGAGCACCGAAGAAAGAGAGCAGAAAUGGAAAUUAAACGUAAAGUGGAAGAGGAAACGCGAAAAAAGCAAGAAGAAGAUGACCGCCGAGCCGCCGAACAACUGCAAGCUGAAAUGGAACGCAACGGUGUCAAUCAAACUCGUCUGUUGGAACAACUGGAGCAAGAACGACGUGAUCAUGAGCUGGCCCUCCGUCUUGCGCAGGAAACCAAUGGACAAGUGGAUGAUGCAGAUCUAAGCAGUCAACUGCGUCGCUCAGAUGUUGUUAUGCUGCAAAGAGCUGCGUACGCAGGAAAAAAAUAUGACCUCUCUAAAUGGAAAUACUCUGAGCUGCGUGACACUAUCAAUACGUCUUGUGAUAUUGAGUUGCUUGAAGCUUGCCGGGAAGAAUUUCAUCGCCGUUUAAAAGUUUACCACGCUUGGAAAGCUCGUAAUAAGAAGCGAACUGCCGUAAUGGACGAGAACCAGAGAGUGCCCCAAGCUGUACUGGAUGCUGCGAGCAAGCCUGUAUUGCGACCCAGGGCUUCAGUUAUGGUUCACUCUGAUGCACAGCGCUUUUUCCGCAUUCCGUUUGUCAAGCCAAAUGCUGAAACUAGCAGUAGUGCACCUGCCGAUAAGAAAGGUUACUGGUACGCCCAUUUUGAUGGUCAAUGGAUUGCAAGGCAAAUGGAAUUGCAUCCGGAUAAGCCUCCAGUGUUACUGGUAGCUGGUCAAGAUGACAUGCAAAUGUGUGAGCUAAGCUUGGAUGAGACUGGCCUGACUCGUAAAAGAGGAGCAGAGAUUCUUGAACACGAGUUCGUUCGCGAGUGGGAAAAAGCUGGAGGUGCCACCUACGUCCGGCCAGCCGAUCGCAACCGCAAGGCUGCAAUUACACCGACUAAAUAACAACUGUCAUUCCAAAAUUUACGUCGUGUUAUUAAUAUUUUUACAGUUUCAGUUUUGUUUUAGGCCCUAGUAGAAGAAAAGCGGCAAGCGGUGACAUUAAGUUGAAUCAGUAGUGCAUUCCAAACUCUUGCAAACAGAAUUUGUUUCUUUAAUUUACCUUAGUUAAACAAUAAAAGGCCUAGCAUUCCA